CCAGUGUUCAUCGUUCGCUCAGUCGUCGGCCGGCCGUCCAUCCGCGCACCGGUACACGUAUCAGUUUUGCCUCGCGCCGCAUCACUCGCCAGGAUCGCCAAGAACCAAGCGCGCACUCCCCCCGAAGACGUACGUGACGCGCGUGUUCUAGUUCGCACGUGCCACCACCGGUCGAUAGUGCUGCUACGUAUCGUCACCGGCGAACGGGCCAUGAAGGUGCGCCACGCCGAGGACGAAUUCAACGGCGCCGUCGGAGUCGGCAUCGCCGAGACGUCCGCGGACGUUCGGGUGGCCAAGCACUCGUGCGAGAAGCGCGCGGACACCGCCGGCACCACCGGUUGCCGCGACCGGUCCGCGUUCCACGGGCACGUGCCGCGCACGGACGUCGCGGGCUGCCAAAACUGCACCGUCGAGCAGCUACGCGUCCGCAAACCUCGACACCGGUCCGGAUCGUGGCCGAGGACGCGAUCGCUGAACGCCCCCAGCCCCGUCCAACAGUUCGGACCAUGUGGCCGUAUCAUGAAGAACUCCGCGAUGGUCAUAACGGUCCAGGAUCCGGCCAGCCAACGUCUUACGUGGUACAAGAAUCCACUGUCGGUGUUGGUGAUAAAAAAAGUUCGAGACAUGUCCGUGUUACCGCCGUUCAUACAACUCGUCAGAUGGCUGAUACAGGAGAAAAGCAUGAUUGUAUUCGUUGAGCACUCAGUGAUGGAAGACACUAUGCUCACUAGCAACUCAGGCUUUAUGGAAAUACGAGAGAAACUUAAGUCAUUCCAAGAUGGCAAAGACGAUCUGACCGAUAAAAUAGACUUUAUUAUUUGCCUAGGCGGGGACGGCACACUGCUCUAUGCUAGUCUAUUGUUUCAGAAAUCUGUACCACCAAUUAUGGCGUUCCAUUUGGGUUCACUUGGAUUUUUGACACCUUUUAAGUUCGAUAAUUUUCAACAGCAAGUGACCAAUGUACUAGAAGGACACGCUGCGCUGACAUUACGCAGUAGACUGAGAUGCAUAAUUGUUAGGAAAAAUGAGGAUAAAGAAAAACCACCAUUAAAUUUACUUGUGUUGAAUGAAGUAGUUAUUGACCGUGGGCCAUCACCAUAUCUGUCAAACAUUGACUUGUUUUUGGAUGGAAAACACAUUACAUCUGUCCAAGGAGAUGGUUUGAUUGUUUCAACACCAACUGGAAGUACGGCGUAUGCAGUUGCAGCUGGUGCAUCAAUGAUUCACCCAAGUGUUCCAGCUAUUAUGGUGACACCUAUAUGUCCUCAUUCUUUGUCAUUCAGGCCAAUAGUAGUACCAGCUGGUGUUGAAUUAAAAAUAAUGGUAUCACCAGAUAGUCGCAAUACGGCCUGGGUUUCAUUUGAUGGUCGUAGUCGGCAAGAGAUUUUUCAUGGUGAUAGCUUGCGAGUAACUACAUCCAUUUAUUCAGUACCAUCAAUAUGUGCUCAGGACCAGAUAACUGACUGGUUCGAUUCAUUAGCUGAAUGCCUACACUGGAAUGUGCGCAAACGACAGAAACAUUUUGAGGAACUGUCUGAUCUGACACAUUCCAAGUAUGAUGAUGCACUGGAUUCAACGUCCAAAGAUAAUUAUUUAUUAACUACGGACUAGCAGGGUAUAUUCAACGGAGUCUAACUAUAUCUAACAGAUACUUGAUCUUUCAGAUGAGAAGUACAUAUGCUACCAUUGGUGCUUUCAAAUGGACUUCAAAAUUAUGAAUAAUACAUUUCUUUUUUCUACUGUGUUGUAAAUAACUAAAAGGUUAUACAUUUUUGUGUGGCUGUUUUGGGGGUUUAAAAAUCCUAUUUAUCAUACAGUUAUAUAGUUGCAGUACUGACAUUUUAGUUUUUUUUGUUUAAUGUAAUGUGUCUUUAAUACAUAAUUGGUGAAUUAGAUGUACUUCAAUUGGUGAAAAUUAGUUUUUUUUACAAAACAGUACAUGUUGUAGUCAUUAAAUAACAAAUAAAUGUAGGAAUAAUUUAUUCUUGGAUAGAACUCAAUGAUUUCAUCUAGUUAUAUAAUUUCUCUCCUUUUUUAAGACAAUAUUUAAGUUUUAA